AUGCACUGGAUCUUCCUGCUGGGUGGCUUUGCAUCCAUCAUUGCCAGUGAGGUUUGCGUGGUGCCGCAUCCCAGCAAUGAGAACUGGACCUUGGAUGGAGCAGAACUUCAGUACAAGCUCCAGCGCUUCUUUACCAAGUCUGGCCCACCUCCUUUGGAGGAGAUCUUCAUCUCCACGCAGAACUUGACGUCGGACGUCCAAGAGAAACUCAUGAUGGAGUGCCCCGGCUUGCUGAUCAGCGCGUUCCUGGUGCUCGCCGAGACGCAGCUGCCGAUUGCGCCCCAACGCUCCAGCGAGGCCUUGGCCAAGGCCGACACGUUGGCGGAAGGCCUCAGCGAACAGCAAUACUUGGACCAGUCACAGAUCUGGCCUCUCCAGGCCGCGUUCCAGAGCUACCACCGCGCGCUGGCCGAAGUCACUGAAGCAAAAGCGCAAUGGCAAAAGCCCAUGGAGGUCCACCUGGUGGUGUGCCACUGCCGGGAAUCCUUGGACUGGCUCGAAGGCCCCCGCUUCUACAUGCCCCGCGCCAGCCGUGUAGCCGUUGAUGUCUUCGUCUAUGAGAAGUGUCGCUUCGACACCGACGUCUCCGGCUUCUCGAAGACCUUCCGCUCGGUGCACCAGAUCGACGUGGACGACCAGGGCAUGCGCCGUGAUGAAUGCUCGGGCUACUUGCGGCACUUGAUCCACCAUUAUGAGGAGCCUGCAGACUACACCCUUUUCUUUCAGGCGGAUGCUGCUGAUCACAUGCACUGGGGUUACUUGUCGCUGGUGAUCAAGUCGAUGGAUCAACACAGCUUGACGUCGCCCUUCGUCCACUUGAACUAUCCUCGCCUCAUCACUUCUUUGUCUCCCUGCCGUGCGGAUGUCUUCCAGCAACUCUUCGAUCGACCGCCCGCCAGGACGCUGGGCUCCUACUGCUGCGCGCAGUUCGCGGUCUCGAAGUCCAGGAUCCGCCAGAACCCUUUGGAGAGGUAUCAACGGAUGGAACGGAUGCUCUUCAGCGACUCUCCCGAAGUUUGCCACGACAUUCCUGGCCAUUCGACGCUCUGCUUGAUGUUCGAGGUCUACUGGCACGUGCUGUUCGGCGAGGACGAUGAGCUGCCGACGCGCGCGGAGAACGCACAACUGCAACUCUUUCUGCGGAUCCGUGAUUUGGAGAACGAGUCGCCCCUGGGCGAGGCUUUAGACGACGGUGCCAGGGAGGUGAACUGGCAGGCCUCGGUGACAACGCUGCGGCUCCGUGCGGAGCUGUGCUGUACGCAGUGUGGCGUGCCCUACCAGACCUCCAGGGUGAAGGUAAUGAGAGCAGGCUCCGAAGAAAAGCAGGGCAUGAAGGCAGAGCCAUUGACCAGUAUCACCAGCAUCGAGGAAGUACUUUUCGCAGACAACCCGCAACUGGUUCGCAGGCUGCUGGAGAAUGCUGCUGUUGACUGUGGCAAGAAGGGUGGUCCAGUCUUGGUCUUGUGGCUUUAUGGCUUUAUGCGAGGGGCCUGGCGUUCAUGGGGUUGGUUGGGCAGAGCAUACCGGAUCAUGCCAUUGGCCGAUGGAAGCUUGUACCACACAGAGGAGACAACAAGGCUUGUGCUCUACUGGUGCAUCCUUUGGGUGGUCGUGCGCUACCUUGCAUGGCCUUUGUGGCACCGCCGCCGGGUCGUGGGCCUCAUGUGUUCUCCGACACCUGUGGAGAGAUAUCGUCGCCGGCUCGCCCGCUCGCAAGUCUACUGUGCUUGCGCCGUGGUGGGUGGCUUGAGACUGCUGCUGGGCUGUCGCUGGUCAGCUCAGGACCUGCUCUACGCUUACUCCGCGGAGCACCAGGUGCUCUUUAGCAUGGCUGUGGCACACUGGCUGGUGUCCAUUUGGGAAGAUCUCCACAAUUGGACCUUCUUGCGAGGUGGCCUCAGUGCCAAGGACACCCAGAACGGUGGCGAUCCGAGCUAUUUCCUUUGGCAAGCCUACCUCGUGCAUCAUUUGGUGGCGGCAUUCGCCUUUGGCUGCGCCUUACGAAUGAAGGUCUGUACUGGGCUGGCAGCCUUCGGCCUGAUCUUUGAGCUUCCAGUGCUCUACAUGAACCACCGAGAGUUCAUCGUUUAUGCUGAGAACCCUGUGGAGUGGUUCCAAGACAUCAGGCAGGUCGAACUCUUCUGGGCCACGUUGACGGUCUGGUUUCGCCUGGCGCGGGGCGGGCCCACCUUGGUCUACCUCUACUCGCUGAUCUUUUGGUCCGAAGACCUCAAUCGGCUCUCCACCAAGGAGUCUUGGACCUAUCACGGCAUGGCCAUUUUCUUUUCAAUUUUGAACUGGGGCUUGGCCAGCACCUUCCUGACGGCCUGGCGGAAGAAGGACAUGGAUAUGGCUGAGAGCUGCGCCACGAAGGCGAAGGACUUCGAGGAGAAGUUCCGUCAGCUGCUGCACCCGGAGGAUGAGGCUCAUGUGGCUGAGAAGGAGAUGAAGGAGGAGGAGCAGAGCAUUGCAGAGGACUUGCCAGAAGUGGUCAAGAAACCAUUGAUGCAGGUGACCCCCGAGCUCUUCGCCAGCAAGGUGCAGGGUGAGUCUGGCGAACUCUGGCUCGAGAUCGACAACGUGGCCUACGACCUCACUGAGUUCAUAGGCAAACAUCCCGGCGGCGACCAGAUCCUCCGGCAGUUUGCCGGUAAGGACGCUUCCAAGGCCUUCCACAAAGCCAAGCACUCCAUGAAAGCAAAGAUGCAAAUGCAGAUGCUUGGAAUAAUUGGGGUAGGAACUCAAGGAGUAUAG